GGUGAGCUUUCUACCGGCAGGAGAUUGAAUGGAAUUAGGUUUACAGGUUUUCCUUCGGUUGAUUUUCAACCUUUUCGAAGUGCACAGUGCACUCCAUGAUGAACUCUUCGGAUUUCUUCGAGCUUAGAACCUUCAGCCGAAAUGAACCUGCGGGCAGGUCUCAAAUCGAAUUUAGUGCCGAGGAGUGCUUCUUUCGCUGGUUAUGCUCAACGUCACCUCACUAACUUUUGCUUCGAGUCGUCUGUCACAGAGCUUCGAAAUACGUCGAACGCUUGCUAGGUUCAUGGAACAUCCUACCGACGAUAGCAGCGGGCAGGCAAACGACGUUUUAAUCCUCAAGGUCGAACGACUGCGUUCGUACACUGCAGUCGAUCGACCACGUUAUUUCUUUAAUUUAGCAGUGUCGAUUUGACGUAAACACCGCCGCUUGCGAAGAAUAGCCAUGUCAAGAACGUAUAAGCACCUGUUUCAGAGUUCCCCGACGGGCUUGUGGCUCAGACGGAAUUCAGACGCCGUCUUCGAAGCGGACUUCCUGGCCCACAGCGAGAAAUCGUAUAAAGUCGGGUUCAACGCUCCCUCCCAGUUCCUCACCCCCCUUCGCUCGACUCCUCAUCUGCUUGUGUUCUGCCACUCUUUUGAUCCCAGAUCACCUCCAUUCUUUAAUAGUACCAAGCAAGAUGUUCUCCUUCAGCAGCGUCGCCAUCUUCGCCACUUUGGCCCUCUCCACCAUCACCUCCACCUCCGCCCUCCCCACUGAGUCCCGCGACCUUGCCAAGGUCGGCGCCGCCGCCGCCGCCAACGUCAAUGUCCCCCGUUGCGGCUGCAGCUCCAUGCCCGACAUCUUCGAUACCCUUACGACUACUGUGACCCCUCUUGUCGCCAAGCUUAACAACCUCGGCGCGUCUGACUGCGGAUCUACCGACGCCAUUUCCCCUAUCACCGACGAGAUCAAGGUCGCUAUUAACGUUGCUAUUACGGACGUUACGACUCUUGUUGGUGCGGCUGAGGUCGACAUCUUCGGUAUCCUCGACCUCGGUGUCCUCGACAUUGCUACUGCCCUCGUCGCUAUCCUCAACCUUGUCUUCGGUGCUCUUGGUCAUGUCAUUACCGUCGCUGGAUCCGCCAACGCUUCUAUCGUCAUCCCUCUCCUUGCUGAAGUCGGUACCCUCCUCCUCCAGCUCGUCAGCGUCUGCAUCCAGGUCCUCGGCGGUCUCUUGGCUGUCCUCCUCCCCCUGCUCCAAGACAUCUGUGUCCCCGUCUGCAUUCAGCUCAGCCUCACCGCCACCCUCCAGACCUGGGGUGUCAACUGCUAAGCGUUUGUACGGGUUUCCUAAAGAUUCGGCGGGACUCCUCUACAUUCCUUUACCUACCAGCAUGUUUCAUGCGUAAUACAUACACUCUUUGGGUUUCACGUUUAUAUUAAACACAUUUCAAUACCAU